CGUCAAAUCAAUUUCUAGGAAUGAGGUAGUGGGCAAAUGGAGUGGAAUUGAAUCACCAAUUCCGAUUCCAGGCCUGCCUGGGUGAGAUCAACGGCCGUCUCGCACGGUCCACACGCUCCCAAGCCGACGCCUCCAGAAUCCAAAUCCAUGGCCGCCCUCCGCGCGUCCCCGCUCUUCCUCCCGCAGCCCCUCUCACCGUCCUCCCGGUCCCGCCGUUGCGCCGCCUCCCGCGGGGUAGCCGCCGCGGCCAGGCCUGGCCCCGCUCCCUACAGGACCGGCGUCCAUGGCGGCGGCGGCGGAUCCAAGAAGAGGCUUCUUGCGAGCAGGCGGAGGCCGGGAUGGGUGGGGGUGCCUUCUUGCCUGCCCGCGACGGAGGAAGGCGUUGCUGUGGCGGCCGCUGCUAGUGAGGAGGAGGAGGAGGAGGAAGACGGGUUCCUGGCGCGGGAGGCCGGGUGGGGCGUGCGGCGGAUGGGGCGGGUCGGGGAGGAGAUGCGGCGGGUGGCGCAGGUCCAGGCCGAGGCCUUCCACGUCCCCGUCGCGCUCUUCAACGACUUCUUCUUCAACUUCUUCAAAGCCGAGGUGCUAUCGGCGCUCAUCUACAGAGUGAGGAACUCGCCGCCGGACAGAUAUGCUUGUUUGGUGGCUGAAGAAGCUGAGCCAACCACCCAGUUGUCACAGGCACCAUAUGAGAAGAUUGUCGGGGUUGUGGAUUGCACGGUGCAGGAUGAAGAUGACAUCCUUAAGCACCUCCAAGGUGCUGAUGAGUACCUCUAUGUGUCAGGAAUCGCAGUGCUACCGUCAUUCAGGAGGAGGAAGCUAGGGACGGCACUGCUGAAGGCCUGUGAGGCACUAGGGCUCCAAUGGAGGCACAGAUUCAUGGUUCUAAGGGCAUAUGAGGAUGACGAUGGCGCUCGAGGUCUCUACGCCAAAGCAGGGUACAGGGUUGUGUCAAGGGAUCCUGACUGGGUCACCUGGGUGGGGAGGAGACGGCGUGUUCUGAUGAUAAAAGAGUUGCCGCUUCACGAUGACAGGAUACAACAUCAAUGAUCCCGGCAUGUUUCCUGAAUUGGGAUGCAUUGCUUCUUGUGUAUACGAAUAGCACUAUGUACGUCCCUUUAGACUAUAUACAAAGAGAGUAGCAGGGGCUAAGAAGAAAGGACUGUUGUGGAAUUGAGUAUAAAAAUAGAGAAAAUUCCCUA